AUGACGAGGGAAGAUGAGGACCCUGACCUGUCAGGGAACGAAGAAGCACAUUCCCCCACCAUAACAUCGGGGGCACGCAGAAGGUCGCUGGCUGGCUCGACGCAUCCUACGAGGUCUAAGCGUGCCAAAUAUGCGGCUGCCGCUUGCGCUGAAUGCAAGAAGCGGAAGCUCAAGUGUAUCAGGUCUGAGAAUGAGGAAGAAUGCCAACGAUGCAUCUCAGGCAGCGUCCCAUGCAUAUUCGGUCCAGCUCCAGUUCAAGAGAGCGGGACUGGCACGAGGGAAAGAAUCAGAAGUAGGAGAAAAUCGAGACAAAACAGUCAACCAAGUAUUGAUCUCCGGAGCGAGCUCUCUAUGCUCAGGGAGCAAGUGGCCACCCUCGCAAACACCGUGGGCAAGUUAGCCUCAGACAAAAGCCGUCAAGCAACCUCUACUUCUCCAGGAUCCCAGCAACAGCCGUCUCUUCACGACAACUCUUCAGCCCACGGGGAACAAGAACCAAAGCAACCCCAGUUCGUGGGACCCACCAGAUCGGCCUUCAGUCUCAAAGUUGCAGAGACAUCAUUGACGAGAAUGGGAAUCUCAGCUCAUGAUCCGAUUACGACGGCAGUCAGCGAGUCUCUCGCGCCCACUCGAUACCCAACUCCCGAACGGUCAGAAACUUCACAAUGGGCUCCCGGAACAGAUAUCCUGCUCACGGUGCCGCUUGAGGAAUUCGUGAGGCUUCUUGAAGUCUUUGAAGAAGAGGUUGAGAUUGUCUACCCCUUCAUCGACACGCGUGAUGUGAUUUCAAAAGCAGUGGACAUUCGUGCGUUCGUGGAAGAAAAUACGGAUUGCAUGGCACCUAUCUCUGGUGCAGGUGUAGACAUAAAAGACGUCAUACUAGCAAAAGUAGCCAUUGCCAUAAGCAUGGUGGUUGAGGCACACGGCAAGAACCACGCAAGUAGCAGGCUGGUCGAGCCUGUGAAACACUUCAUAUAUCAACUUACUCUGGAUGCGGAGGCCGAUCUGAAAGUCAUUCAGAUCAUGGCUAUGAUCAGCAUCUAUUACUUCUUCUCCGACGAAGAGCUACUGGCAUGGAGAAACAUCGGCAUUGCAGCGCGAGCAUCUCUCGAGAUGGGUUUGCACCAGAAUCUGAGUCUCACAGAUAAUUUCCUGGACCCCAAGAUGCGGAGUCUAGCAGUUCGCGUGUUCUGGUGCGUUUAUGUUUUGGAUCGUCGCUGGAGUUUCGGGACUAGUCUAUCCUUUGCCCUCUUUGACCGAGAUAUCGACCCAGAUUUGCCUGAACCAUCAGAAGACUUCCAGUACCUUCGUUGUUUGAUAGGUUACGGUCGCUUAUGCUCCAAAGCAUGGGACGCUCUACCUCCAUUCAGCGCACCGUCCCAGUCUAUCCCAAAAGACACUGUAGCCUUCCUCGACUUCAUGGCACAGAAUUGGCUCAAAUCAAUACCUCCCGAUCUUCAACUGCGUCACCCUCAACAUGGCAGUAUACCGACAACCCAACCCCGUUCCAUUCGCCGGCUGCGAGCCCUGCUUUACUUGCGGGGUAAUCACAUCAGGACUCUGAUACAUCGACACCAUGUCAUCAGCUCCACAAGCAUCGAAGCUGAUGUCGAAAAGGCACGACUUGUCGUGGAUAUAGCGAUUGAUAGCAUAUCCGUCUUGGUACAUUUGAGCGAAACGAGCGACAUCUAUGAACGACAACAAAGCGCGUUCAACUACUUUCUACUGAGCUCUCUAGCGGUCAUUUUCCUCGCUGUAUGCCACGGUGCAAGACUAUUUGCCGAGCCAUGCCGAGGUAGCUUCCUCGCUGCGGUGGAGCUCGUCAAAGGCUUUUCUCGACAGGGCACGGCAAGCCGCAGACUUUGGAAGAGCAUACGUGGACUUCUUCCUUUGGCCCAUCGCAUCGGUCUUCGCGGCGACGAGAAUGCUGGUGGUAUUCGACGGGUUGAAUCAAGCGGGCAGUCGCCUCCGACCGUCAUCUCCAAUUCUUCUCAGCCCAUGGACACGGUCAUCGAGGAGGAGCAUACUGAACCGGCUGCGGGACUGGUUUCAGAAUUUGCAGCGAUGCCAUCAGCGCAGCCCCUUGUUGUGAGUGCGGAGUUCGGUGCAGGAGCGCCGGAUGCCUUUGCGCUCAGCAAUGAUUUGAUGUUUCUGUUUGACGCCUUCGGGCAGACGGAUGACAUUUGGGCGAGCGGGAUGCAGGAGUACACGGGAGGCAACGAGCAGCAGCCACCGGUGUCUGGAGAGGAGGAAAUUUCGCGUCACUUCUGGGGAUUAAUUUAG